AUGAAGAGCCGGAGGCUGGGAUGUGGGUUCGAUCUCACGGGCGAUCUUAGGCUCGGUUCCUGCAAGACGAGCCCUUCGGGAUCGCGAUUGAUCGAGCUUGAUGAAACCCUAGGGCACGAUCUCGUGUUGCCUGGGGGUGUCGUUGUUCGUGAUGUGCCGAAAUUGAUUCGGUGUGACAAAGGGGAGAGGACGCGAUUUAGAUCGGAUGUUCUCUCUUUCCACCAGAUGGCGGAGCAGUUUAAUCAGGAUCUCUCUUUGUCUGGUAAAAUUCCCUCUGGUCUUUUCAAUGCCACGUUUGCUUUCCGUGGUUGCUGGCAGAAGGACUUAUCUGCAACAAAAAGUCUUGCCUUUGAUGGUUGGUUCAUAACACUGUAUAGCAUUGAACUUGCAAGAGCACACAUUGUGUUGCUUGACAAUGUAAAGCAAGACGUUCCAUCUUCAUGGGACCCUGCUGCACUGGCAGAAUUUAUUGAUAAGUAUGGUACCCACGUAAUUGUUGGGGUUAAGAUGGGUGGUAAAGAUGUAGUAUCUAUUAAGCAGCUGCAGGACUCCGCUCUUCAGCAAACUGAAGUGCAAAAUCUCUUAAAAAAUUUAGCAGACGGAAAAUUUUCUGAAGAUUUAAAUGCAAACUCUCUUCUGGGAGACACUGAAUUAUCAAAAAGGCUGAAGGACAUAAAAUUGGCUAACCAGCAAAUAAAUGUAGCAGUCUUGAACUCUAUGAGUUCAUCCCUUGUAACUCAGUUGAAGGAGGAUAUAGUCUCCAUUCAGAUAAGAAGAGGAGGUGUUAAUACUAAUCAGAGCCAUAACCAAUGGCUCUCAACUAUUUCACAGGCUCCGAAUGUGAUAUCAAUGUCAUUUGUGCCAAUUACCUCUCUAUUGGCUGGUGUCCGUGGUAGUGGUUUCUUAAGUCAUGCAGUGAAUUUGUACCUUCGACAUAAACCGCCGAUCGAGGAACUUCGUCAUUUUCUGGAGUACCAGUUGCCUCGUCAAUGGGCCCCAGUAUUUGGUGAGAUCCCUCUUGGUCCGCAGAGUAGGAAGCGCCAAAAACUUCCAUCACUUCAGUUUACUCUCAUGGGGCCCAAACUUCAUGUUAACACUGUCCAGGUUGAUUCAAAAAAUCGACCAGUUACAGGAAUCCGUCUUUUCCUUGAAGGCAAGAGGAACAACUGCCUUGCCAUCCAUCUUCAGCACCUCUCCAGCCGCCCCAACAUCUUCCAACUCUCAGAGGACUCUUCUUAUGCUGACAUUCCUACAAACCAACGGGCUUACUAUGAACCAAUCAAGUGGGCCCUACUUUCUCUUGUCUGUACCGCUCCAGUGCAAUACAACAAUGCCAGCAUCGAUGAAUCUGCCACCGUAGUGACCAAAGCAUGGCUUGAGGUGAAGAAUAUUGGGAUGAGGAAAGUUCUAUUCCUCCGUCUUGGCUUCUCCAAUGUUAUUGGAAUGAGGAUUCGGCGUUCAGAAUGGGAUGGGCCCACAAAUGUACCACGUAAAUCUGGCUCUAUUACGGCUAUGAUAAGCUCAAGGUUUAGCACUGGUAUGAUACCACCUCAGAAGCCUAAGGUGGAGAUAAACUCUGCAGUAUUCCCUGGAGGGCCACCAGCACCGCUUAGAGUGUCGAAGAUGUCGAGAUUUGUAGAUACGACCGAGAUGAUGAGGGGACCGGAUGAUCUCCCAGGGUAUUGGUUGGUGACUGGUGCUAAGUUGUGUGUUGAAGGGGGUGUUGUUUCUUUGAAAGUCAAGUACUCCUUGUUAGUAGCAAAACCUGAGGAUGACAUCUAGAUUUGAGAAGGGUUGCUGUGCAAAAAGUAUGUAGUAGGUAGAUUCAUUGUUGUAAAGUUUGCAGCGAGUUUGUUGGUUAUAAUGGUAACCAUUAUUUGUUUAUAGCUGUGGGUUUGAAAAAAUAGUCCAGUUUCAGACAGUGAGUACUGUCCCUGCUUUCCUCCGAGGAGUAGCAAAGGGGGGCCAAGCUACUUGCAUGUAUCAUAAUGCCCAUAUAAUGCAUUGAAGUUGUGUACC